UUUGGGUAGAUUUAUCAGGGAUGUAGUGAAAGUGAACUGCCGGUCCUCCAUCAUCGUUUCGCCAGAGUGAUGAGUUAUUCACCGGAUGUCACAGUGCACAAUGAUCACCAAAAGCGGAAGUAAUACGUAUCAGCGUGAUAAUCCCUAAUUGACACCCAUUCAUAUUUUUCGAUCUCAUAGGUCCCAUGAGCCCUACCGGAAGGGGCGUGACUUCGCCACUCUAUUAUGUCCAUGCUCUGGCAGCAUCAAUCGACGGAUGAGGAAGCCGGAUCCAAUACGUCAUAGGCCACGCCCACUGGAUACAAACGCAGCGCGGGAGUCAGAUGAGGUCAGGAACACAUGGCCGUCCCGUUGCUAGAACACGGCAGCGCCAAACAUUUCACUGACGACUGCUUCCUCAACUUGGGCCAAUACAGAGCUGGACUUGCUCAACGUCUGAAAAUCAAGUCUGGAUCAGUACCAACUCUCCUCGGCUCAGCUACAAACCUCGACAAAGCCAGCUCAUCAAGUGCUUCCAUUCAGCAGCUUCUCUCAAGGGAUGUCGCCUGCCAGACAUAACACCUGGAAACGCAUACUUGUAGGCACACAGCUAUCCUUAAAGUCUUUGCAGCCCCAUUUUAAAAGUGAAGAAGACCUCGAUGCCUUUGGAGACCGUAGCACGCAGCGUGGCGCCACCUCAGAGAGUCUGGGUGUGGAUGCCCCUGGCUCCUCCCACAUGUCCAGUCACAGCGGGGAGCUGAAGAUUCUGAGCGUCUACGGUAAAGGGGAGGGCCCUUUGGCGACGGACGGCCAUGACAACCUCUUCACCGCGUCAGAAGUGGAGCCCCUGAACUCGCUGUCUGCGGACCACAGCGCGGCCAAGAGCCUGGAGCGCGGCGAGCGGCUGGUCUGCCGCGAGGAGCUGAGUGUGCAGCAGACCCCAGACACCAUUUCAAUCAAGGUUGAAGAGGAUAUUGGUGGAGGCAUGCCUGCUGUAGAAGACUGUGAUGCCUUUGGAGACCGUAGCACGCAGCGCGGCGCCACCUCGGAGAGUCUGGGUGUGGACGCCCCUGGCUCCUCCCACAUGUCCAGUCACAGCAGGGAGCUGAGGAUCCUGAGCGUCUACGGUAAAGGGAGGGCCCACUGGCGGUGGACGGCCAUGACAACCUCUUCACCGCGUCAGAAGUGGAGCCCCUGAACUCGCUGUCUGCGGACCACAGCGCGGCCAAGAGCCUGGAGCGCGGCGAGUGGCUGGUCCGCCACGAGGAGCUGAGUGUGCAGUGUCAGCCUAUCAGAGCGCAGUGUGCUGGUCCCCGACACCAGGGACUUCUGGGAGAAAGUGUGUUGCCGGGUCGUACCAAGUGACCAAGGAGGAGGGGUGGACAUCUUUUCCCCAUUCUCUGCAUCUGAGGCGUCUUCAGACCCUUUUUCCGCUGUGUCUUUUGUAUUUGCACAAUUGGAACAACGACCAAAGUCAGUGCAACACAGUCCUGCAGGGAAACAGGAACAAGAACCAGCUUGCAGACGUUGCGCAGGGUGGGAUUGUGAAACACCAGCUGAGGGAAAUCACGAGUCAGCCUCUUCUUCAACGUAUCCUUUCUGCAACACAACGAAACAGUGACAAUUAAGAGUCACAUGAGUACCAUCGAAAGCAGAGAGCGGUGGAGGUGUUUCAAGACAUUACAGUCGGGCUGUGCAAUAUUUCGAAUUUUGAUCACGAUUUCGAUUCUUGGGUCAAACGACCACUAAAUUAAUAAAAUCGAUUUUGAAACGAUUCCUUUGGAAUUUUCCGUUUUCUGUGAGGUCUUGUGAAACAGACGCGCAUGCACAAUUCAGUCCCUCCCCCAGAGCGUUCAACACGGCCCCGCGAGCUGUGUGUGUGUGGUGACCUUAUUCAGAAAACAGCGAGCAGGAUGGCAGAGGGAGGACAGCCGCGUUUACUCGAUAAAAAGGAUGUUGGGGUACUCACCAACCGGUCGAAGCAACCGGGAUAAGCUGGAUCAGGGUAGUGGGCCAGAACAAACCCUGGUCACGCCAAACACCAGGUUGAAUAAAGGUAAGCUAAGAGGUAUCAAGAGCAGUUAGAGAAAGAAUUUAAUAGGGUUAAAACAAAAGGCAGAAAUGCCUCGACAGCGGGGCUCCGGCGGGAGACAAUCGCGGGCAACAAUCCCUUUCUCCUCCAUGUCGUGGUUCAGUCCACUUCAGAUUGAUAGAUUGAUGUGGACGUGGAAGAACCAGAGACGUCGGAGAACCCGACGCAGUCGUUAGAGAUGAAUUAUAUUGUCUGGAGGCGCAAACAGCUUUUGACCGUGAUAAUUUAUUUUAUAUGAUAUAGAUAUCUACGUCUAAUGUGAUAUUAUUGAGAUAUAGAGCUCCAGGACUCCCGCCGGAGCACCCAGAGUUUUCUAGAACAUUUACAGACCACGGCCAUUGGCACUUGGUUCUCUGAACAUCCUAACUGUACCAGCAGAGAUAUAUUGUUGUCUUUCUUCUUUGACUUAUUGUAGGCGUCUGCUAAACGCCCUAAAUGUAAAAUGUAAAUGUCGCAGCAAAGUUCAGAAGCGCAGGAAAGGGGCCUAUUCGGGAUAUUGAACCGUCGGCAUCGUGGCAUGUCGAUCUAAUGGGAAAUAUUUCGGACCACUGAGACGUCGGAACACUGAGGCGUCGGAAUUACGGCAUGGCACCUCAUCUGGUGGUCACUGAGGGUCACUGCAGUGGAACUAAUUACAGUAAUGCUCAACGUCUAACGGGAUCGGACUUCAACUAAAGUCCCAAUGUUGUAUUUCAACUUGCAUGUGGCUCAAAAUGUGCGGGAUAUAUCUGCAUUCAAUCACAAUCGCUAACAGACGCACCAGAAAUGCAGAUUCAAUCAGAUAAAGACCAGGUUACCUAGGACAGAGACCGGUUCGGACCGGUUUGGACCGGGUUUCUGCAUGUAAAGGUACAGAUGACAUCAUGCUUCAAAAGAGCUCAUAUACUAGUUCACCUCCUUCUCCACUUCUGCUGUUUUCUCUCUCUCUCUCUCUCUCUCUCUCUCUCUCUCUCUCUCUCUCUCUCUCUCUCUCUCUCUCUCUCUCUCUCUCUCUCUCUCUCUCUCUCUCUCUCUCUCUCUCUCUCUCUCUCGCUCUCUCUCCAUCUAUCUCU